AGGAAAACACAAUGGUUCCUGCUGUCAGACUGCUCAGGGCUGUAUAUAAGGAUGGACAGGUAACGCGUCCAGGAAUCUGUAGACUGAGGGGACGCACUGAGGGGACAAGAUGAGCGCGUCAGUAGCAGUGUACAGGAACAUUUACACAGAGGACCGCUUCAGGCAGACCUACGGCACGGAGGCCAAACCGCGCGAGCCUCUGCGGGAGCGCCUGUGCGCGCGCUGCCGCUGCUCUCCGCUCCGGUGCGCGCACCUGCUCGAGCGGCGGAUGCCGAUUUUCAGCUGGCUGCCGAGAUACAGACUCAGGAAAUGGAUCUUAGGAGACACAGUGGCAGGGCUGACAGUCGGGAUUCUGCACAUUCCACAGGGUAUGGCUUUUGCACUAUUGACAUCAGUGGCUCCGAUCUACGGCCUGUACACAUCGUUCUUCCCAGUAGUACUCUACAUGCUGUUCGGGACGGGGCGUCAUGUCUCCACAGGUACUUUUGCAGUAGUGAGUCUGAUGACCGGCACGGUGGUGGAGCAGCUGGUGCCGACUCCUCCUGAUCUGAACUGCAGUAGCCCAGAGCUCACAGAACUCGAGAAUCAGAGGAUCGGAGUGGCUUCGGCCAUAGCAUUCCUGUCAGGAGUGAUGAUGCUUUGUAUGUUUGGCUUGCAGUUGGGUUUCCUCUCCACAUACCUAUCAGAGCCUAUUGUUAAGGCAUUCACCAGCGCUGCUGCAUUUCAUGUGACUGUCUCUCAGCUGCAGAACAUGCUGGGAUUGAGGCUUCCUCGCCACACGGGCACGUUUUCUCUCUUCAAGACGCUGGCCUCGGUGAUGGAGAACUUGCCCCACACUAACCUUGCCGAGCUGUUUAUCUCGCUGCUCUGCCUAGCCGUGCUCGUUCCCAUUAAGGAAGUCAACACACGAUUUCGUCAGCGUCUGCGCACUCCCAUUCCAGUCGAGAUCCUCACUGUGAUAAUUGCUACAGGUGUAGCUUAUGCCUCAUCUCUGGAUUCCAGAUAUGAUGUCCAGAUAGUGGGUCACAUUCCUGCAGGGUUCCCCCGUCCUCGUCUGCCCGCUUUGCACACAGUGCCAGACAUAGCUGGUGAUACAGUUGCUAUCACAUUCGUAGGCUAUGCCGUGUCUGUGUCACUUGCAAUGAUAUACGCCGAUAAGCAUGGCUAUUCUAUUCAUCCUAAUCAGGAAUUAUUGGCACAUGGCAUUUCCAACACUGUAUCUUCCCUGUUCACCUGCUUUCCCAGUUCAGCUACACUGGCCACCACUAACAUUUUGGAAAGCGCUGGUGGUUACACACAGCUCUCAGGUUUGUUCACAAGUCUGGUGGUCCUGAUUGUGCUGCUGCUCAUUGGCCCUCUUUUCCACUUUUUGCCCAAGGCCGUUCUGGCGUGUAUAAAUGUGACCAGCUUGCGGCAAAUGUUUUUGCAGUUUCACGACCUGCCGGAUCUGUGGAGGGUCAGCCGGAUCGACUUUAUGGUGUGGCUGGUGACCUGGCUUUCGGUGGUUGUCCUUAAUGUGGAUUUGGGUCUGGCUAUUGGGGUUGUUUUUUCCAUGAUGACGGUCGUUUGCCGUACACAGAGAGCUAACUGCUCGGUGUUAGGACGAGCCUCCAAUACAGAAAUCUACCGACCUAUCAACAAUCACAAUAAGUGCUAUGAAGUCCCUGGCAUGAAAAUACUGACCUAUAACGGACCCAUCUACUAUGGCAACCGCAGUUUCUUUAAGGCAGAUGUGACCCAGCUGCUCGGUCUCACACCUGAACGUAUCCGUAGCUGUGAGAAGGCCAGGAAGGCGCUGGAGAAGAGGGAACAAGAGUCCAUUAACACUGUGGACCGGGGAUUAGCGAACACCUCAUUUUCCUCGGACAAUGACCUCUUUACUUCAGAAAUAGUAGAGACUGAGGUCCAGACUGUAUUAAUUGAUUGCAGCAGUGUGAUUUUCAUGGAUGUUGCAGGAGCCAAGCUCUUUAUACAGAUGUGUAUCGAUUGUCAGAAGAUGGGAUUGCGGAUAUUCUUGGCCAACUGUAAUGAGAGUGUGCUGGAGAUUCUUACAGCAAGCGGCCUGAUGAGCUACAUGAACCCGCAGCACAUCUUCGUCACAGUCCACGAUGCAGUUGUUUUCAUCCAACAGCAAAAGGAGAAGCCUGAUUCAGAAAACAAAAUGAUUUGGGUGUGAAUAUCCAAGAGCAUCAGAAAAUACACAGCUACUUCAGUUUCAACACUGGGUAUAAACACAGCUGAUACCAAAAAUCUUUUUUUUUCUUUAGCAUUACAUAUCUGUAGUGGAGUCAGUGUAUUCAGAGCGGGCCAUGUGUCACUUCGAUCACUGUGGUAGAUAAUAGUGAUGGAAAGCGAUAAUAGCGACUCGAAUCUUUGAGUCUCAUUAAGCAAAAUUAACAGAUCUUUUUUUUGAGCCAUUUCAUUCAUUUUAGCAAAAUGUAAUUAAAAUGUUACGUGUUAAUUCCCUAACAUCUACUACUACUACUGUACUUACGCAAAUGUUGAUCACACAACAAACAAGAUAAAAAUAGAAUUAAUUUUAAUUUAAUUUAUUAUUUACCUGGGUCUUUAAUCUAUGAUUAAUACAGCUUACCUCUCUUGUGACCUUUCCCGGGUUUAAGUAGCUCGUUCCUCACCUUUCGAGUCUUUGGGUUGUCACUUUGUGAACGAACGACUCAAAAAACUCGAAGACUCGAAAGACGAACAAAUCGAUUCUCUCUGCGCUCAGACUGCAUUGGUUAAGUCCGGGGCUGUCACACGAUGAACGAACAUCUCGGGAAAACCGGAUAUUCGAAACAGAUGAACUAAUUCCUGUACAGAGCCUACGAUAUUCCGCAUGGGCGACUGAACCAAGAAUUCCCAGUGACGACUCACUAAAGAUUCGUUUAACAUGAACGAAUCGUUUAAGAACGACCCAUCACUAAUCAAAUGUGCACUAUUGCUGUAAGUCUUAUGAAGCACACACAAAUACUGUACAUAAUCGUAUGUCUUAAAGGUUCAAGUGCACAGAAAAUAUGUAUAUAUACACAAGUACUCUUUCUCUUUCUUUUAGUCUGUGCCUUUAUUUUCCAUAAACCUCUGAAUGUAGGGUUUUAUGGGAAGAUCUGUAAUUAAGCCACCUUUAUUUGAUUGUCAUUUUUAGUAUAUUUGUAUACUGCAAAACCUGUGACCAUUCCUUAGAUAUAUUUAUUUAUUUUUUUAUUUCCUGUAUGAUUUGUAAUUGAUUAUAUUUUUUUUAUGAUCAAUUAUAAAGGAGGAUGCACUGAAUGGCCAAAAUGUAUUUUAAUAAAUUUUGAAAAUGCUCAUUAUGAAUAUCAGUUUUUUGGUAUGUGUGUAUCAUUAAAACUAAAGAACUGUGCAAAAACUUGACCCACCCAUGAUUUUUUCAUAUUCAACUGAAUUCAUUAAAGGAAAGAAAUAGAAACAAAUGCUUUACUGCGAAAGGCAAAAAGUGCCUAAAAUACAAUUAAAAAAAUCUAUUGUUUAUGUAACAACUUCAGCAGCAACCUUAUUUCCCCUCUCGUCCAACCACUCAGCAUCAGUAGUAUACUAAUCACUGGCCUGAUCGUCUGUCAUUAUCUGCACCUGUUUCUCACUGGUUCAUGCCUCUAAUCAUUCCUCUGAAUCUGGUAAGGUAAAAAGACUGGACUGAAAAUGAGAGCUACAAAGUCUUACACCAACCCUGGUGAAAAGUUUAAGACAACAUUAAAAUACAAGAAUGUUUGGCUCUUUGUAAGCAGAAUAUGAAGAAACGUAAGGAGGCUCA